CCCUCCUCUGCUCUCCCGAUCAGUCUAUAUGUGAAGGGAGUUCCGUAUGGUUACAGACUCGGCUGGUGGAAGAAGUCAAAGCAAGGUAGUACAAUGGAUUGGUGUCAGUCCGAGCGAUGGAAAGGGCAGGAAGCAGAAGAGAGCAGAACCCAAAGAGAACUUCAACGAGGGAUCCUGCCCAGGGAGCCCCAGCCAGGCAAACCAGCGUCCCAGGGACCCCCAACCAGGCAAACCAGCGUCCCAGGGAGCCCCAACCAGGCAAACCAGCGUCCCAGGGACCCCCAACCAGGCAAACCAGCGUCCCAGGGAGCCCCAGCCAGGCAAACCGGCGUCCCAGGGACCCCCAGCCAGGCAAACCAGCGUCCCAGGGACCCCCAACCAGGCAAACCGGCGUCCCAGGGACCCCCAACCAGGCAAACCAGCGUCCCAGGGAGCCCCAGCCAGGCAAACCGGCGUCCCAGGGACCCCCAACCAGGCAAACCAGCGUCCCAGGGAGCCCCAACCAGGCAAACCGGCGUCCCAGGGAGCCCCAACCAGGCAAACCGGCGUCCCAGGGAGCCCCAACCAGGCAAACCGGCGUCCCAGGGUCCCAACCAGGCAAACCGGCGUCCCAGGGAGCCCCAACCAGGCAAACCGGCGUCCCAGGGAGCCCCAACCAGGCAAACCGGCGUCCCAGGGCCCCCCAUAAUAUGAUAGCAAAAUUUUAAAAAAAUCACGUAUUGUUUUAUCAUCAGG